UAGAGUUCAUGGAAAUAUGCGUAUAUUACCCUUCAAUACUCUUAUUUUCCCGCGGAUUUCGUUACGAUUGUGAUACGAACAGUGAUGUGCUUUUAAUAUUUUAUUUUUGUGAAAGAAGUCCUUUUGAUUGUAAUAAAUUUAUGAGUUGUUUAUAAGUUAGUAAUCUUGUAGUUUGUCGCGUUGUAUGUAUAGUUGAGUCGAUCCUUGAUUCGUUCGCAGCAGUGAAGUAAAUUAUUGUCUAGGUUAUAAAAAUGUGCCAUUGACAGAUUUCACUUUUAUCUUCUCAGUAUAGUAAUGCUGUAAAAGAUAGUUUAUAUUUGCAAUUGUUUAGCCACCUGAGAUGAAAAUGAUGGAGUUGGAUGAGCAAGAUGACUGUUAUAUUGAUGCAAUUACUCCUGUCAAGAAAAAGAAGAUGAAACAAGCACAACUGCCUUUUCAACGAAGUCCUGUGGGAUCGCCACAAGUAGUGCUGAGUAAGAAAAGAAAGUUAACGUCCCCUUCUGUAGAAUACAAGAGUCCAAAAGCAAUUAAAAUUUCAAAGAAGAAUGUAAGAAAGCCGGUCGUGAAUAAUAAAAAAGUAAAUGACAUUGUCAGUGAUGAAAUAAAAGAGAACAGUGAAACUAUUAAAGAUACAGAGGUAAUGGAAAUUGAGAAUGUGAAAGAAAAUACAAUUUCUAAUAAGGUUGAAAGUGGAGAUAAAAAUGUGACUCCAAAACGAGUAUCUAAAAAAUUAGAAAAGGAAAAAGCUAAACUGAGUCCUUUAAUAAGUUUCUUUAAAAAAACUGAAAAAGAAGCAGAAGCAGAAGCUUCAAAGGAUGAUCAGAAUUUGUCCCAAGAAGAAAGAAAUGAAUCUUCUGAUAAGUCUUCUGAUUUAAAAACUGAUAAUAUAAGUUCAGAGUUAACUAACUCCAAACAGGAAGAACUAAAUGAUUCUAAGAAUCUAAAUAAUGAUUCCGAUAUUUUAAUCUCAUCGUCUGAUAGUGAAGACAAAGAAGAACUGACAAUGUUGAAUGGAAGUCAGGACUCAAGUAGGAAAAGUAUUAGUCCAAGUGAAAUUGAGACUCCUAAAACAGAUAAAGGGAAGCAGAGGAAGUUAACACCUAAACAGCAAGAAAAAAAAUUAUUGAGUGCUAAAAAAAGAGAAGAAAAGAAAAAGUUAAGAAUGGAGAAGGAAAGAAAGCUAGAAGAAGAACGAGAAAAUCGGCGAAAGGAGAAGGAAGAAAAACGCAGGGAAAAAGAAGAAAAGGAAAAAGCAGAAAAGGAACAAAAAAUGUUGGAGAAAAAAUUGAGAGAUCAGAAGAAGCAACUAGAACUUGAGCAAAAGCAGAAGGAGAAACAAGCAAAGGAAGAAGAGCGUCGGAAAAGGGAAGAAGCUAAGGAAGAAGAGAAAAGAAAGAAAGAAGAAGAGAAAUUGGAAGCCGAACGCAAGAAACAGAAGGCAGCGUCAAACUUCACCAGCUUCUUUGUUGCUAAAAAGCAAGAAAAAACUGUCGAGGAAGAAAGCACUAAUAAAAUCCAAAAUUUCAUGCCUUUUGAAGUAAAGGUGGAUAUGAGGUUAGCUCCAGUUUGUAGGAGAUCUUUGAACGAACAAGAAAAAAAAUCGUUGGAUGAAAGUUAUAACAAAGAAAACGUAGAAAAAUCAGAUCUAUAUCUUAGCAAUCUUAGAAAUAAAAAAAUCAUUCCCCACAAGUCGUCGAAGACGUGGCCGUUCGAAGCUAAAGAUGACAUCAUUCUCCUAGAUGAUGAAAACGACGGCAGUUCGAACAUUGUGAACCAGAACGUUAUAGAGAAUCAACGGGCUAAGUUACUCCAGUUCUCGGAGAACCGUCGUCCGCCAUAUUGGGGCACAUGGAGGAAGCGAAGCAAAAGUAUCAACCCUCGGAAACCAUUUUCAAAGGACGAGAAAUGCUUCAAUUACGAGGUAGAUUCGGACGACGAGUGGGAGGAAGAGGAGCCAGGUGAAUCUUUGCAUGGUUCCGACGACGAGAAGGACGAGGAAAAUCCGGACGACAAUGAGUACGACGUGGAUAACGAGUUCAUGGUUCCUCAUGGAUACUUGUCUGACGAGGAACUUCGCGCCGAUGAGGAAGAUAAGGAAGACAGGACGCCGGAAACACAGAAGUUCAAAUUGAAAGUAUUAGGAGAACAGUUCGAGUCGGAGAGGAACACGAAGACGUCGAAACUGAAGCCGAAAAUAAUUGGCUGCGUGUGGAGGGGACCUGAAAAUACAUUUUCCGAAAAUGUGCCUCCAAGGACCAUAGGUUUCUUGUCAGCCCGCGAGGCCUGGGUGCGUCAGAUACCAGUGCUUCUACCAACCUCGUCCGACAAUGAUGCCGCAGCCGAGUGCAGUACACCCACGCAUCAAUCCGUCCCGAGAUCUUCGAAGAAAUCUCUACUUCCGGAACAGGCGCUGCCCGAGCUGAUUCGCCUUAUACAUGGCAACACACACGGCAGGAGGUUCCUAAUGAGGGAGUUCAUGACGUACUGGAACAAGAAACACAAGGUUGGCGAGAAUCAGAUCUCGAAAGGUUGCCUUCUUCAAAAGAUCUGCGAACUGGGCAAGAGGAUGCUGUGCCCUGAAGAAGGACCCAUGCACUUGAAAUCGUGUUGGUACGUUCCUGAGGAUAUACGGAAGAAGUACCUGGAUAAAGAUCUUACAUUGCCCAAUCAGUGGUCUUACAACCUGACUCCGAGAAGAAGACGCGAGAAGGCGGAAGAUGAGAAAGUGGAGGAAGAGAAGGAUAAAGAGAAGAAGAACGUGCCAUUGAUUACUCAAUUCACUAAGAAGAUCUCUCAAGCGGAAAUGAAGAAACAGUUGACUGUCGCGGCUAACUCAAUAACACCUCAAAAAAAGAUUACCAAGACUCCGAAAAGGGCGACUCUGAUUUCGGUCGGCAGAGGGGAACAGUUUUCUAAAGCGUCGAAAGAGAAUUUGUUAAAGAAGUUUGUUAAACGCGAAAAUGAGGUGGAUAAAAAUGUUAAAGAAAAUAUAGAUGAUGACCGUAAUGAUGAUAUUGUUAUCAUUGAUGACAUUGAGAACGAUCAACAAAAGAAUUGGACGGUAACGGAAGAGAAAACCGAAGCAGUGGAAAUUGAAGUGGUUACGCCGAUGGAAUGUGAAAACGAAAGCAAAGGAACACCGACGCAGGUAAAACAAAAAAAUAGUGAUAACAAAAUGAAAAAUAAAGUAUCGAAGAAGUAUGGGGAGAAAAUUGUAGGUACUCCGAUGGAUGUAGGCGUGGAUGAUUGUAUAAUGAAGAAUUAAGCUAUACAAAGUGUGGAGGGCGGAGAGAAAAUGAAAAAAAAAUUUUGUAGGAAAAAAAACGAAGAAAAAAGAUUGUGAUACAUGGAUAGUAAUAAGAGAGAAUGAGAAAGUAUAUGGAUGAAAUACAAUGAUGGGUGGACUUCAUGCAACUAUUAUUUAAAAGUGGGUAUGAAUGUGUACAAAGUUCUAGUUGUUCUAUUUUUGUAUAAUUCAAUUGUAGUUUAGAUAUACACGAUACAACUGUUAUUAUUAUUGUUACUAUUAGAAAAGAUACUUAUUCCUAGUAUUUCCAAUUAAGAGUACAGGUGUGCACAAGGUGUACAUCUUGGUCUUAAUGCAGCCUUAACAGUUUUUAUAAAAGUUUUUGGUAAGUGUUAAAAUUAAGGAGUAUUAAUAUUAUCGUAUCGUAUCGAAUAAAAUAAUAUGUUUGAUAAGAGCGAUAUGUACUCUAUUUUUAGAGUCUAUAUUACAGAAUUUGAUACAUUUGAUAUUUAGUAGAAUUUAACGAUCGUUAAACGCGAUUCUCUACAGCUUCAUUCCUUUUAUGUGCCACUUUGCUUACGCAUCAAUCUUUUUUAUAUUACUCGAGAUAAUAUUAAGUACGACGCGAAUCAUAAUGAGGAUGCUAUAUUUAGUAAUACAUAUAUUUAAUAUUACUGCAUUUUACUGACUGUCUAACAGUCAAUUAACUAUCCUCCUCAUUAUUAAUAUUGAAUAUGUACUCUUUUAAUUAUUUUGAGUAACACAAAUAGAACAGUAAAUAAAUUGAUUCGCGUUUACAUGCCGAUAAACUGACAAUCUAGAUUAAGCUGUUUUUAAACUAUUUCCUCGAAUGAUUAUAACAACCGUUAAAAAUCUGAUGAUUUUUAAUGGAGUUAUUGAAACUAUGUAUCCGUAUAUAAUUAGAAACUUUGGUAUCGUCCUUUAAAUGAUUCUGUACUACACACCGAUUGUAAACCGAUAUUAAAAUUAAAAAAUGUUGGUGCUGAAAAGUGUUAACGAUAAGAGAACGGAAACAAAUGGGUUAAAAGUGCGGAAAUUUCUUUUCAUACGAAUUAUAUUUGAACUCAUCACUAUUUUGUACCUCUCAACACGGUGCGACACAGUCCAUUAUUAAAGAAAAUUUUAACUUCAAAAGCUUAAAGAAGAAACAAUUGGUAAAGGGAUUAAAUUUCGCGAAAACUGUAUAAAUGUCAGUUAAACGACCGUGUAAUUAGAAAUAUCAAGAGAAUUAAAGGUCGUACAUCACUAUAUAAUAUAUGUGAUAUAUGUGUUUUCGUACAUUCAAUUGGAAAGAGAAUCUCGCGAGGUAAUGAUACAAGUGAGUGAAAUUUACGAGACGUUAUCAUCUGCAAACAGUUACACUUUUAUAAUACAAAUUGGAAAAUAAAUCUCACGAUAUCUA